AUGGCGGCCCUGGCGGCGGCCGACCUCGUGCCCGACGCCGAGGCCCCGCACUCCUCGGAGGACCUGCGGGCGCUCCUGCGGCCAGACGCCCCGGCGCGGCAGCGCCGCUCCGCCUGGAGGCUGGCCGCCGGGGGCGCGGUGGCGGCGCUGCUGGUCCUGGGUGCGGCGGCGGCGCCGGCCGCGUCCGCCGUUGGGCGCAGCGCCCAGGGGUGCGCGAGCGGGUCCUGCGGGAGCCGCUCGCGCAGCCUCGACGCGACCCUGCUGCUGAAGUCGAGGGGCCCAGAGGCGGUCAGCGUUCCGCCCGAGCCGGCGCGGGGCGACGACGACGACACGAGGGUCCUCGACGUCGGCCGGGAGACGACGACCGCCGUCGCCGGCGAGGAGACGACGACCGCCGCUGGGGAGGAGACGACCGCAGCCCUCGCGGGCGACGACGACGACGAGGCGGAGGCGACGCCCGACGGUGCCGAGAAGCGGCUCGCGGGCGAGCUGUGCGGCUGGUGGGGCUGGCGCGACAACGGGACGUACGCGUUCAGGGGCGAGUGCGCCCCGGGCCUGCUGUGCAUGCAGGGGCCAGAGGCGGGGGCGCCUUUCACGUGCGGCGCGGUGGGCGACAACGCCACGGCGCACGUCUAG